AUGAUUUGAACGCAGGAGGGCGGGUUAGAGUGUCUGAGAGGGAAAUUCGUCAGUGAAAGUCAGGCUUACUGAAACUGAGCACAUUUAACGUUACCAUACAUUCAUCUGACUGGUGGAGUUCUGCUAUAGCAGUAUAUUGGAGAUAAAGCGAUAUCCUAGAUAAACUAUCACAACAUGUCGCAAAAGCAGAUUUAUUACUCGGACAAGUACGACGACGAGAAGUUCGAGUACAGGCACGUCAUGCUGCCUAAAGACAUCGCCAAACGGGUCCCCAAGACACAUCUGAUGUCCGAGACGGAGUGGCGGAAUCUGGGCGUUCAGCAGAGCCAGGGAUGGGUCCAUUACAUGAUUCACCAGCCAGAACCUCACAUCUUACUAUUUCGCCGGCCUCUACCCACACCAAGAUCCUAGUCACAGAAGGCGGCUUAAAAUGAAGAUCAGAAGACAAAGACAAAUUGUAAACAGACACCAGAUAAUGUUUGGUGUUGAUUCUCUCAGUUCCUUGUAACUUCAUUUUGAUUAAUUUAGUUCAAAACGGAACAGAGAAUAUGUGGUAUCAAUCAGGGUUUUCUAUCCUGAAAACCACUUGUUCCACCAUUCCAGCAUAAGAAAAUGAACGCUUAUUCCCUUUCAGGGCUCUGUUUUUUUUUUCUUCUUCUACCCAGACAUAACUUGCACACAUCUGUAUGUCAUUUUUUUCCUGUGCUGUUCUGAAACUCUGUGGAUUAUUUUUACUACUGUGAACAUUAUACAUCUUCUUAAUAUUUAUAUAUUUUUCAAAUAAACGUUCUGAAGUAUAAUAA